UUUUUUUGUUUCUCCGAAUGCCUUAGUUUGUAUUUCGGUUGUUUUAUUUUAUAUCCCAUUUCAUCCUUUCUUUUACUUGUAUACUACAUUACUUGAUUCAUACUAUACGGAAUUUGUAGAAUAUACACCCUCUUUUUUUCCUUUUCCACAGCCAAGAGUUGUCACAAUGAAGGCAGUGCAGGUCCUGUCCUUCUACUUCGUCGCCGCCCUCGCGGCUCGCGACUCGAUCCAAAACGACCUCACACUCGGCACAUGUCGGUCACCACUACUGCCACUAUCAUUCCUAGAACUGACGGACCCGAUAUGCUCCACGGCAGACGUGAUCGCGCAAAAACAGGCCGCUGCAGGUGGAAGACAUGUUACUGACGAGUCAUCACCAUGGACGUCAAUCAGCAAUUGUGCGCGCAACGGAACAGGGCCGACAGAGUUCUGCGUCUUCCACGCCGGUGGCUUCGCCAACAACAGAGGAGUGUCAAUCAUCACCAGCCCCGAAAGGGCCAAGAGCCUCGCAAAAUUGCCUGCCUUCACCGACCCGGAGCUUACGGCAGAUAUCAACAAGGAUCUUGACCCCAACUACGAGCCGGUGUACAAGUCGGUCAUGGUCCCUGGAAAGGGAGUCGGUCUGGUUGCUGCGAGGACGCUGUACCGUGGCGAUCGCAUAAUGAGUAGCACGCCGGCCAUCGUUAUCGACUACGGCUUCUUCGACACGAUGCCUAGGAAGGUGAUCAAGGAGGUACAGGCCGCUGCCGUCGACAUUCUCCCCGAUCAGCACCGCCAAUUGCUUCUUAACCUGUCAACUCACGAUGGUAUCCACGAUUCCUACCAACAAAAAGUCGACAAAAUCUUGUCCACCAACGCCUUCGACAUCGACGCCGAUCCCGAAGGCGACAACGAUGACCAGUUCUACGUCGUCUUCCCCGAGAUCUCUCGCUCCAACCACGACUGCCGCCCGAAUGCCGACUACUACUACGACCCCGAUACACUGACCCAGCACGUUCACGCUGUCCGCCAGAUCAACAUUGGGGAGGAGAUUACGUUGUCGUACCUUGACCCCAUGCAGAGCCAAGCCUCCCGUCUGGAGAGGUUGUCCCGCACCUGGGGAUUCCCUUGCGGCUGCUCCAUGUGCACACAAAAAGACCUGAUCGCCGAGGAGUCCGACUCGCGCCUUGAGCAGAUCGGCGAGCUGCGCAAGGAGUUCCACGACUACACGCCAUCGUCGCGCGCCACGCCGCAGAUGGCCGAGCUCAUGGUCAGCCUAUACCAGCAGGAGCGCCUGGACCUGAUGCUCUACGAGGCCUUCACUUAUGCGGCCAUCGAGUACAACGGUGUCGGCGAGCCGUGGCUGGCCACAAAGUACGCCCGCCUCGCCGUCGAGUACGGCCUGGCUAGCGUCGGCCCCAAGGACAACGACGUCGUCGAGAUGGACAACCUCGUAAUGGAUCCGUUCAAGCACUGGAGCUGGAUGCUGAGGACCAGCAAGCGCAUGAGCUGGGGCAAGAAGAGGGACAAUUAAGUUGGCUCCUCGAUGUUGCUAGGUCUCAGGCCUUGAAGAAUCGACUUUCAUGUCGACACUUGGCCUGUGCGAGACGGGGAUUACGGAUCCCUUCUUGCACGAAUUUAUUCAAAGCUCAACAGAAAAAGAUUAUGUGGUUAUGUUUUUGGGUGGUUGGCGUUUUGGGUCAGGCAAUUUGAAUUCUGGAUAUAAUUUUGGUAUGGUUCCUGUUUGAUAUUCUUGCCCGUAGACCGGGUCCGGUCUCAUGACUCGGCGUUUAGGUGAUAAACUUGGUCGUAUUUAAACUUUUUGUCACACAAACUUGACCUUGAUUCCAAAUUUGAACUUGCGUCCCAAGAAUUGAUUAUGCAAUGCUGAGUGGAAUAGUAACAAUGGUCAUUUGUAAUCGUUGGUGAUAUUCACGCAAUGUAUGAUGAUUUUUUUUUAUGUGCUUUGACACGUCUAGAACCAUCCUCCGGUUGAUGUGCU